UUGCUCCGUGGUACUGAACGAAACUUUUCCCCGGAGCUACAGUGGAAGAUCAGAACAAUCCUGGAGAAUUGUGUUGCUGGGAGAGUGAUCCAGUCGUGCAGGGAACCAUUGUUUUCCUCAGUACGCCUGUGAUAUUGGUAGAGAACCGCAAAGUAUUUUUUCUCCCGUGUUCUAACCCCCUACUCUAUCCGAGAUGGGGAAGGAGCAGGAACUCCUAGAGGCGGCGCGCACUGGAAAUCUUGCCGCUGUGGAAAAGCUUCUUUCUGGGAAACGACAAUCGACUGGAAGUGGCAGUGGAUCAUCGGGGACUGGUGGAAGCAGCAAUAUCAGUGGUCACAAUGCUUCUCACCCGCUGUCCAGCCUUCUCAGUAUCUGGAGGGGUCCUAAUGUAAACUGUGUGGACAGCACUGGAUACACUCCUCUACACCAUGCUGCCCUAAAUGGACACAGUGAGGUAGUGGAGGCGCUGCUACGUAACGAGGCCUUGACCAACAUCGCUGACAAUAAGGGCUGCUACCCCCUGCACCUGGCCGCAUGGAAGGGGGACCAAAGGAUCGUCAGGCUACUCAUUCACCAAGGCCCCUCACACCCCAAACUCAACGAGCAGAGCUCCUCUGUAGAGCACAAAGAGUUGAAACGCUGUGGGCCCUUUGACCUACAUAUUAAUGCCAAGAACAACGACAAUGAGACCCCCCUCCACUGUGCCGCCCAGUACGGCCACACCCAGGUGGUGCGUCUGCUGCUGGAGGAGCUGACCGACCCCACCAUGAGGAACAACAAGCUUGAGACGCCGCUGGACCUGGCCGCACUCUACGGCCGUCUGGAGGUGGUCAAACUGCUGCUUACCGCCCACCCCAACCUGCUCUGCUGCAACACCAAGAAACACACGCCGCUGCACCUGGCGUCACGCAACGGACACCUGGCCGUGGUGGAGGUGCUGCUGGCAGCCGGCAUGGACAUCAACUACGAGACGGAGAAGGGCAGCGCCCUCCAUGAAGCAGCUCUCUUUGGGAAGACUGACGUGGUGCAGAAACUUCUGAGUGCAGGGGUUAAUGUGAACAUGGUGGACAGCAAGGGCCUGACAGCGCUGGACACUGUCAGAGAAAUGCCCUCUCAGAAGAGCCGACAGAUAGCAGCUCUAAUCCUGGGCCAUAUGUCAGGAAAUCCCCCUGUUUUACACUUGCCUCCUCCCCCUGUCCCUCCACCUAAUGAGAGCCCUAGCCUUCGGAAAAAAGGUGAGCUGGGGGUGGUGAGUGAGCUGAUCUCGGGGCUGGCCCCGGGGCCUGAGGAGGAGAGCCCAUAUGAGGCGCUGUUCGAGGCCACUUCCUGUCACUCUCUGGACAGCCUGGCCAGUGGCAAGUCCUCCGACAGGGACUCUGGACGACCUGACAGUGAAGCCGGAAAGAAAGACCGGCUUGCUCACCAAUCCCAACAUGCCCCAGGCCAGGAAGAGGAGCUUAACUCAGAGGCCCUGUACACUAACAGCAGCAUCGAUGAGAGAGGGGAGGAGGAUCACACGUAUGAACUGCUGCUCUCCGCCCAUACUGAAGUCCCCCAGUCCGCACAGGACCCCCCAUUACAGAAAUGUACAGAUGAGAACGCUACCUCCCAACAGUCUUCCAACAGUCUUCUACCUCAGCAGCGGAAGCCCACUGCCCCUAGUGACCUCCGACCUUCAGGCCAGACGGGCGACAACCUGAAGCUCCCCGGACCUCCUGUGGUUGGGCCGGGACGGACGGGCCUCGGCCUCACUGGUGAUAACUCCUUGCUCGGCCAGGACCUGGUCGCAGUACCUGAAGUGUUCACAGGCCUCCUGCACGGAUCCUCGCCCGUCUUUGACUGUCGGGAGGAGUCCAUCAGCAGCCUGCCAGGUGGAGUACUGACACAGUCCAGCCAAGGCCAACAGCCGGCGCCAGCUCCAACAGCACCCACCAAAGCAACAGAAGCUCCGCCUCCUCCAAACAAUCCAAUCAACAUGUCUGCCGUCCUGACAGACUGUGACCCCAAAGCUAUCUAUGCCACCGUGUCCAAGGGGGAGCCCAGGGACAGAGACAGGGACAUUGGGUCUGGGGCUGUGCCUGCUGGCAGGAUGCGCCCACCUGGGGAUUUGAAGCUGGCUCGCAGCUUUUCCAAGUCGGACUCAGACCUGCUGGUGUCGCCGCCUAGCGAGGAGGAGGGAGGGCUGGGCAGCCGCAGUGAGUCCGUCUCGAACUGCAGCGCAGCCAAAAAGAGGCUGGAGAAGUCGCCCUCGUUCGCCUCUGAAUGGGACGAGAUUGAGAAGAUCAUGACGUUGAUUGGAGCAGGCAUUGAUUUCUCUAGAGACCAGCAGUACUCUACCCCAGGUGGGGCGGCUGGGCGGCUGCUGGACCAGCCUGUGGGAGACUGGCUGGAACACGUGGGGCUGCCGCAGUACGAGAGCAAGCUACUGCUCAACGGCUUCGACGACCUGCACUACAUGGGUAGUAAUGUGAUGGAGGAGCAGGACCUGAGGGAGAUAGGCAUCACAGACCCAGGACAUCGGAGGAAGAUCCUGCAUGCAGCUCGAUCCCUACCUAAGGUGAAGGCCCUCGGCUGCGACGGCAGCAGCUCUCUGUCCUCCUGGCUGGACCUCCUGGGCCUGCAGGAGUACCAACACAGCUUCCUGUCCAGCGGAUACCGUAGCCUCGACUCUGUCAAGAACCUGUGGGAACUGGAGAUUGUCAAAGUGCUGAAGAUCUCCCUGCUGGGACACAGGAAACGGAUCAUCGCUUCACUGGCCGAGCAGCCUUAUGAGGAACCUCCUGUCAAGCCCCCCCGCCUGUCCCAGAUCAGGUGUCAGGACCUGGUAUCCCAGACCUCCUCUCCCAUCAGUCACAUGGACUCCUAUACGGGCCGCUCCAUGGACCCCAUCCUGCCCCUGGGGGAGCCUGGGGGGAGGAAGGGGCCCGACCCCGAAUACGAUGUGGCCCCCCACCGUUCCCGCAGUGAACGACACCGAUCACAUGAGAGGUAUGAGGAGCGGCAUCGUGAGCCUCGUCUGACCCUGCGACCCCCCAGCCUGGCAGCACCCUAUACCCCUGUACAGAACUGGCACCACCAGCCUGAGAAGCUCAUCUUUGAAUCCUGUGGAUAUGAAGCCAAUUACCUGGGAUCUAUGCUCAUCAAGGAGCUACGGGGGACCGAGUCCACCCAGGAUGCCUGUGCCAAAAUGAGGAGGUCAACAGAGCAGAUGAAGAAGGUCCCCACCAUCGUCCUCUCCAUCACCUAUAAAGGGGUGAAGUUCAUUGAUGCUGCCAAUAAGAACAUCAUUGCAGAACAUGAAAUCCGGAACAUCUCGUGCGCGGCCCAGGACCCAGAGGAUCUGUGCACGUUUGCCUACAUCACCAAGGACCUGCAGACCAACCACCACUACUGCCAUGUGUUCAGCACAGUGGACGUGAACCUGACCUAUGAAAUCAUCCUGACGCUGGGACAGGCAUUUGAGGUGGCCUAUCAGUUAGCUCUCCAGGCCCAGAGGACCAAACAGCACCAGGGCAUCCCAGCAGGACCCGGGGCAGAGGUCAUCGAGACCAAAUCCAGCCGGCCCGUUCCCAAACCACGGGGUGGCGUAAGGAAAUCAGGGGUGGACCCGUUGGAACUGGAAGUGGACUCCCAGUCCCAGGGCAGCACCACGUGGCUGGUGGACCCUGUCCCCAAAGACUCCAAGAGGACCAUCAGCACUAACUGACUACCAUGACCGGACACCCAGCCAGAGUGAGAGGUCAGGGGUGACCCAUACCCAUGGGGUUGUGUUGUGGGGCAGGAGGCAUUUUUGGAACCAGGAGAAAGGCCACUUUCCAUGCACCCUUCCUACCAGUACCACUGGAGACAUGCUUGCAUACACCAGGAAGGCCCUACCUCCUCUCUGACACCCCUGGCCCUCUCCUCAUGCUCCACUCCUUCUCACCUCCACUGAGGUGUUCAGCUCCAGGGGUCAGCGCUGUAGCUCUGUAUCACACAGACAGGAAGUCAGCCCCCAAGCAGUAGGCCCAAACAACCAAUAUCCUCACUGCAUCCACUUACUUACACUGGAAAAUGGACUCAAUAUGUCAAAGCUUGGUCAGUUAUCCAGAGACUGAAAGGUGGGUGUUUGUUUGGUAGGCAUCUCUUUCAAUGUGAAGCACUCGACUUUAACAUCCCUCCUUUUCUGUUUUUUUUUACAAAUGGAAACAUGUUUAUCCUUGACAGGCCAGUGAAUGCUGUUCAGACAGUGUAUUUUAUCUAUGGGGGUUUGAGAGUGUCAUGUUCCCAGUUGUUGUUUUUCCCUGACAUUUUGUGACUUGUGUAUCCAUUCCAUGAGAGUUGAAGAUGGAUGCUUCUCUAGAUCGAUCCCUCAGAGGGGCCUUUCCCAUACACUUAUAUGUGUCUUCGCUGAGGGCUACGCUAAGCUAAUGUUUACUCUGACAGGGAAUUUUAUUAAGGUACAGACAGUGGUAAUCAACAUAAAAAUAAUUUUUUGAGAAAAGAAGUAGAGAUCUACCUGGAUAUCUCACUGGGAAAUGGGAGACCGAUUUAGAUAAAGGAACGCAUUAAAGUUGUCCUCGGUAUGCUAUACUCACUAGGGUACGAUUGGGUAGAAUAAUUACAAUGCGAGAUGCAGCAGUACACUCACAGGCUUUCACAUGUCCAUCCAUUCAAGCACCGGGUCAGUUACAUCAAAGCAUCGCUUUAUCUUCAUUUUCUCAUUCAUAACAUACAGAACUGUGAUAGUUAACGUAAUAGUGUACAGGAGGAAUAAUCUGACAUGGAUGAAGUUUGGAGGGCUGUUCAACUGACACUACAGCAACUUUUAAAAACAGGGGAAGUGUCUUUUUGUAUGUUUAAACUGUUCAGUUACUGGAAACUAUAGGACCUGUUAGGAGGUACUGUGAUGGCCUUUUAUUCCCCCUGAUUCGAUUUGAUUUAUUUUAAACUAGUCAAUGCAGAAAACCAGUCCUGUAAGAUUUUAGGUACAAUAUGGUACAAUGUUUUCUCCCCAUAUGGUAUCUCUCCUGGUACGUUGACUGUUUUGGGUACUCUGUGGUCAGCUGGAGUGUUGAGCCUCUGUGGGUACAUAGACUAGCUAUAUGGUACUCACUCUAUAUGAUACAGCUGUCUUUAGCUGGUUGAUGUGAGCGCCUGCAGCCAUCAACCUGGUCCUGUGUCCGCGUUUGCACAUAAGGAUCAUGGGUAGUACAAUGGGACUAUUCUGAGGAUAUUAAUGAAGACUAUGAUGAUGAUAACAAUGAUAUUGGAUUGUAAAUUAAUCUCUAGCAGUCGGUAUUUUGAUACUUGAAUGAUUUUGUUUUUAUAGAUAUCUAUGUAUAUGUAUGUACCUAUGUAAUUGUUUUGCCACAUUUGUAAAAAGGACUGUCUUAUUAAGUUCAACAUAUCAUGAUACUGUUAGGUUCUAAUUUUGAGUAAAUAACUCACGGACACUAGAGAAGCUUAACCAAGUUGAAUUCUUCCCAAAGGGUUGUUACAGCUGUAAUUCAGACACCGACAUGGCUUCCCCAGUGGUAGUAUUCAUACCCCACUUUGGGUGGAGUCUCCUUAUCUCUAAACAUUGCAUCAUUCUUGCUAAGCAGGGAGCUAAGUGAUAUGAGCCUUCAACGGUUUCUCCCCUUAUCAGUACUGCCACAUGCAAUUGUGUUCCCUGCACUCAGCCCCUCCCAAGCUUCAUUAUGGCACCCCUCAUGUCUCUUUAGUACCUAAUGUUCCUAUACUUCUGAGUAUAACAAUGUUCAAAGUUUCACCCCGAUUCCAACAAUACCCAACGAUUGAAAACAGGCUGAGAGAAAGAACUCAGAGAGACAUCACUACAGAAACAAAGAAAAAAGAUUGUAAAUGACCUUGGGCUUCCAGUCCUUUUUUAUGAUUAUUAUUUUUCAUAAUUGUACAACUAAUAAAUGAAGAAAUUAUGAACCAGAUUCCUCUGGUCUUUUUUCUAUGUACUUGACAAUCAUUCAGCCAUGAAGAAAUUCAUACUGUUCUUAGUACUGUAGGCUCUGAUUAAAUGUGUGUAGUCACAACAAGACAGAGAAAAGGUAAUGAUGAUAGUAUGAUGAACCAACAUGAUCACGUCUUAGCAUGCAUGGUUACCUGACAGGCUUGGUGUUGCAUCUACUGACUCAUUCAAUUUGAUAUUCAGACAGUUACCAAAGUGAAAUCCCCAUUGGACGUCAGUGGUUAAUGUUUACUGAAGACCUGGAUAGUCAAUAACAUCUCU